AUGUCUGAGGAAAAGGUUAUCCAUAAAUUGUCGAAAAUUCAGGACUCAGAGGACUGGGAUUCACAUGAUCAAGACGAAGGUCUCACAUUUGCUCUACAGAACUUUACUACUCAACGUGAAGUUCGAAUUAGUGAAGAAUUUGAUUUGAAGUCAUGGAGAUCACUAAAUUACUCUGGACACACUUGUGAACUUUAUCUUGUCUCACGUUUGGCACCUAACUUUGCUACUGUUUGCCGCGUCCUGUACGAAAUUCGUAAACGAUGUCCAAGUUUUAUUCCAAGGUCCUUAUUUGAUUUUGGCUCUGGUCUCGGAACAGUCACUUGGGCGACAAAUACAGUCUGGCCAGUUGGUUGCGUACGCCAGCAUUAUCUGGUGGAACCGUCUUUACAUAUGACACGACUGUCGGAGUUUAUGUUUCAAAAGCAAGGGAGUGCUCAACCUUCUGAAUCUGUGUUUCCGGGUAUUUACCAUCGCCGAUUUAUGCCCAGUACCAAAAACCAUUAUGAUUUGGUAGUCUGUGCUAACACUUUACUUGAAAUCCCAAGCGAAUCUUCUCGUUCACGUGUUAUUUCGUCUUUGUGGGAGAAAACAACAGAUUUCCUGGUCUUUAUUGAACAAGGAACAAAGUCUGGAUUUCAGGCAAUACUUGAAGCAAGAGACUUUUUGAUUACAAAUGGGGGAUCUGAUGUUUAUAUUUUCAGUCCGUGUCCUCAUUUGCAAACUUGUGGAAAAAAGGAUUCCAACUGUAACAUUGUUGUACGAUAUUACAACUUUGGAGUAACGCGCUUUAAAAAUGAACCGUCCAGCGAGCUCAUUUCUUAUUUGGUAGUAUCAAGAGGGGAUUGGCGAAGACAUCAAACCCCAGUUGUUAAACCUGAACCUGACCACUUGCCUCGAAUCGUUUCUUAUAAACCAUCCAAACACGAUCACCCUACUCAUGAUAUAUGUAUGCCUUCUGGUGUUGUUGAACGCGUUGUAUUUCCCAAACAAAAGACUGAUGCAGGUUUAUAUUACUACAUGAAACAAGCAUAUGCCGGUGAUAUUGUCCCUGCUGAGGUGCUGAAUGCUAAUGAAUCAGAUCAUGUGAUUGAGUGUGUGGAUGAAGAAGAGAAAGCAAAUAAAUCAUCUGUAUAG